GAAUUUUUUGAUUCUUUGAGUGAGAAAUCGAUGUUUCAUCUGAUAAACCAUACAUUAUAUUUGUGGGUUUUAUCUGAUCUACGUCGAAAAUCAGUAUGAUUACUAUAAACAAGCAAGUGAAUAAUGAAGUAAAGCUUAUGUAAUUAAUGGAGAUAAUAUUCUCUUUUAAGAUAAGAUGUGUAGAUGAACCGGAAGCUUACGGCGAGAAAAAGGAAGAAAGCGAAGGAAAAACAAAAAGAAAAGGGAGAAAAAAGAGCUCCCAAAAGCAACCGCUAUCUAUGUCAUUUUCUCUCUUUCUUUCACUGUGAUGAGAACGGAAAAUAAGGGUUUAAAAGAGACAAAAGAAAACCCAUCUCUGAAGAAUACGAGCAAAAUCUCUUCUUCUCUGUUUUCAGCUUGUUUCAAGAAACCAGAAACACACACAGAGACACACACUCUGUUUCUGGCCUCUGCGUUCUUGGGCUGUGCAGAGACAUUGCUUGUAGAGAUCUAGAGCUCUAGUUCUUGAGGUGGAGAAAUGAUAUGAAGAUGAAGCUCCUUCACACUCUGUGAUGAAGAGCAGAGCUGGUUUGAAGAAGAAAAAUGGAGUGUGGUACAAGUAGCAGAAGUGAGAGGCAUGCAGCUAUAAUCAAGGACGCUUCAUGGUUUAGCCAAUUCAGAAAUGGCUGCAAUCCAUGGAUGGCCAGAUACGUUUAUGCCUUGAUCUUUCUCUUUGCAAAUCUUCUAGCUUGGGCUGCUCGAGACUACGGCCAUGGUGCUCUGUCGGAAAUGGAACGACUGAGAGUCUGUGCCGGAAAAUCCAACUGUUUAGGUGCUGAAGGAGUCCUGCGAGUGAGCUUGGGAUGCUUUGUCUUUUUCAUGAUAAUGUUUGUUUCAACUGUGGGUACCUCUAAAUUAUGGGACCCAAGAGAUGCAUGGCAUUCUGGGUGGUGGUUUGCCAAGAUUGUGCUGUGGAUUGCAUUAACUAUCCUCACCUUUUUCAUUCCUUCUACAAUUAUUAGGCUUUAUGGAGAGAUUGCCCAUUUUGGUGCUGGGGUCUUUCUCUUGAUUCAGCUGAUAAGUAUCAUCAGUUUUAUCACAUGGCUCAACGACUGUUGUCUCUCUGAUGAACGAGCAGAAAGAUGCCACAUCCAUGUGAUGCUAAUUGCAACAGCAGCAUAUGUUAUAUGCAUAGUUGGGAUCAUUUUGAUGUACAUUUGGUAUGCACCAGAGGCGUCUUGUCUCCUUAACAUUUUCUUCAUCACAUGGACACUGGUACUCCUUCAGCUCAUGACAAGCAUCUCUCUUCACCCUAAAGUGAAUGGUGGAUUCUUGACUCCAGGGCUCAUGGGCCUUUAUGUUGUGUUCCUCUGCUGGUGUGCCAUUAGAAGUGAACCAGCAGGUGAAAGUUGCAACAAGAAGGCUGAAGCUUCAAAAAGAACAGACUGGCUUACCAUUAUAAGCUUUGUUGUUGCACUGCUUACAAUUGUUAUUGCAACAUUUUCUACUGGUAUUGAUUCUCAAUGCUUUCAGUUCAGGAAGAGUGAAAAAGAAUCUGAAGAUGAUGUUCCAUAUGGUUAUGGCUUCUUCCACUUCGUCUUUGCUACAGGAGCUAUGUAUUUCGCAAUGCUACUGAUCGGCUGGAACACUCAUCAUGCCAUCCGAAAGUGGACAAUUGAUGUGGGGUGGACAAGCACUUGGGUGAGAGUAGUGAAUGAAUGGCUUGCAGUUUGUGUAUACUUGUGGAUGCUGGUAGCUCCAAUCAUCCUGAAGUGGAGACAAAAUGCAGAAGCCACUUAAGAAUCCAAUUCUAAGACCCCACAUUCAUCUCAAGUCUUAUCAUCUUCUGUGAGCAUAUGGUAUUCAAAGCAGUUGCAAACAGACAGAAGAGAUGGCACUGCACUUGAAAGAUGGGAGACAAAACAACACAGGAUUAUGAUACAUGUACUCAUCUGAUUUAUUUUGAUUUAUUCUUUUGAAGUUGUAAUCCACUCCUCUCUCUCACCAAACAGGGUAGGAGGAGGGUUAAUGUAAAUUUCUAUUUUAUGGCCUGCAUAUUAAUAAAUAGAGAAAUGUUUU